UUAGAACUUCAGUCACGUCUCUCAUAUUUGCCUGACAACAUGUCUUGUGCUCAUAGCUUCUACACUUUUCCUUUGUUUCUUUUGGUGUUAUCAACGGAAGGUGCUCUCUAUGGCAUCGGGUUGAACCGUUGCCAGUUUAGUUCCUACGAUGCUCACGAUGCUGUGUACCUGGAGCAGUACUACUUCAACAAGAUGUUGUUACUCCAGUACAACAGCACUUUGGGGAAAGCGAUUGGUUACACGGAGGAAACAAAAAAAAUUGCAGAUGAGCUCAACAGCCGACCAGCUUUUCUGAUAGAUGAGCUGUGGAAACUGGAGGUUUGCAAGAAAAAUGUCCCACAAGCUUAUAACAACCUCAUGCGGCCAGUCCAGCCCUACAUACGACUGACGUCGGCCAAGGAAACAAGCUACAAACAUCCAGGCAUGCUCGUCUGCAGUGUGUACGAUUUUUAUCCUAAACAAAUCACAGUGACGUGGCUGAGAAAUGGAAAAAAGGUUACUUCUGAUGUGUCGUCCACGGAUGAGCUGCCCAAUGGGAACUGGCUCUACCAGAUCCACUCCUAUCUGGAGUACACACCUACACCUGGAGAAAGGAUAUCCUGUAUGGUGGAGCACGCCAGCCUCAUGGAGCCCAAGGUUACUAACUGGGACCCAUUGCCUGAUUCAGCGGUGAAUAAGAUCUCUGUUGGGGCUGCAGGCCUGCUGCUGGGUCUGGUGUUUUCAGUUGGUGGGCUGAUUUACUACAAAAAGAAAUCUGCCGGGCGGACGUCGGUGCCAACGACUGAGGUUUUAUAUCCAGACGACACGCUUUAAGUCAGAGAUGCCUGUGGGAAGAGAAUACAACUGAAGCUACUGGACUGCUUGUCAUGUACAGUAGAUGCUUAAAUGUGUUUAGUUUAUUUUUAAAAAAUUCUGUGUACAGGAACACGUUUGUAAAUCAGUGACAGUUUAUUUGUAUAUUUGUAAUGGGCCAGUAUAUGGAGGAAGAGAUGGACAGAAGUUUUUUGUGUUUAUCUUUGAAACAUAAAGUAUCUGGAAAUCAAAAAAAAGACCUUGAUAAAAAAUAUUCUCAGUUUCCAGCAUCUUAAAGGCUUGUAUCUGUGUAUCUGUGCAUAAUAUGUAUAAACGAGGAACUGUGUGCCAACCUUCAAUGUAAGGACUUUAAAACAAUAAGUGUCAGACGUUGUUCUACUUCCCCCAAGUGGCCAAAAUGUGUCACAGCUUUUCACCAUUUUUUUUUUUUAACACACAAGAAAUUGAUGAAUGUACACAAAUCUCUGUUCCCAGCUUCAGUCAUGGUUUAGGCCACGACUGAUUGGUUCACAAAAGAUGCACAUCACAGCAUAGGAAAUACUGGCUCAGCUUUUCCUUUCUCCUCCUCCUUGUCCUCGAUGGUCUUAACGGCCUGUUGGACCUUCCCUUCUCCACUGAUACAAAAACUUCAAGCUGAUUUUACACAGGUUCAACACAAGAGAGACUGACUGGUAAUCAGUGUUUCUAGGUGGACAAAGAGUGUUAAAUGAGGAGAUCAUUGCACAACCUCAGAAUGAUCAAGUUGAGGAAACAUGAGGCUCAAGUUUUCAGGUCUGUGUGCGUAAAUGAUAAAAGUCUAAAUUAAAAAUGUAUGAUGAUAUUAAA